AUGUCUCCCCGCAAUCCCAAUGACAUGGAUGAAGAAGAGUUCGUCCGUGUCUUCGGUAUUACGCGCGAGUUCAUGAACAGCCUCGACGUUCCUGGCGUGCCGGCGGACGACAUGGAAUUAGCGGUCAACGCCCCAAUCUUUCUCCUUGCCAAUGUCGACGUGAAGAACGGUCUUUGCAGUGGUACACAAUGUAUUGUUGUCAGCAUCUCCGAAGACUACGUGAUGGUUAAGCUCAAAGAUGUCCCCGCCCCCCGUCAAGCGCGCUUGUGGCCCAUCCCGCGCUGCAACUUCACGGUCGAGCAUCCGCUGCUACCAUUGGCAAUGAACAGGAAGCAAUUCCCUAUCGUGCUCGCCUUCGCAACGACCGUUUACAAGGCCCAGGGGAUGACCAUUCGCGAUAUCGACAUUGAUUACACAGGGCUCAUGCCUCGGAACUGA